AAGUAUGCGUAGUGGUUUUAUUUGUUAUGAAAUUAGAUCACGAACGUCGAACGUACAUUGAAUGGAUAUUACAAAAAUUCUUAAUCAAAAUAAAAUUUUUGAAUGAACACACUUAUGGCAACUAAAUAAUAAAUAAAAAUGGAAGACGCACCAUUAAAUAAGGCUCAUCAAGAAUAUAGAUUUGCUGAACGUCAUUUACGAUAUCGUCGUUUUGAUGAAGCAAUUAACAGUCAUCAAAAGGCAGCUGCAUAUUUAACAGAAGCUAUGAAAAUAACAACCAGUGCCAAAGCAUAUGAAUCAAUGCAAUGUCAAUACGAUUAUCAUAUCAAACAACAGGAUAUUGUUAAAAUGAAAAAACAGGAAUAUGAAAGUUAUUUAAAGGCAGUUGAAAAUCAUCGAUUAAAGAUUACAAAUAUGUUAUUAAGUAGUGAACUUGAUGGUAAUAAACAUCAAUCUGAUCAUUUACAGGUUGCAAUUUAUAAAACAAUGAAUCAAGCUGACUCAUUGUUAGGACUAUUAAUACAAAAAGACACCGACAAUGAAUCAAAUCAAUCGGUGGAUAACGAUGAAAUCGAUAAUUGUAGUAAUACAAGUACUACGUUAACAAAUAAUGUCGGAACAAAACGUCCAAAAGGUGACGAUACCGUAAUUGAAGAAUUACGUACAUUAAACACUCAAUUACAUUCGUUAGUUUCACAAUUAAUCACUCAAUUGGAAAUCAGUAACAAAGAAGUGGAAUUAUUACGAGAAAAAAUUCGUAUUUUAGAAGAUGAAAAAGCGAAAUCUAAAUCAAAUCAAAAUAAUAAUUUAAAAACGGUUGUGGAUUCAUCAAAUGGCACGUCGCCGUUUAUAUGUUCACCAUGUAGUGAAAUUAGUUCAGAUAUUAAUUCGGUAAUUGAAGAAUUGUCACCGGAAAAACGUGAAACACCACCUUCAUCAAGUGAAAAUCAUUCAAAAACUUAAUAAAUUCAGAGAUUUUAUUUAUAUGCUUUAACGAAAAUCGAAUAAAUUACAAACGUAAUGUACAGUU